AUGGAUGUUAAUGUUUAUGAACAAAUGUCAAACAAUCUGUCAGAAGCUGAAUUCGUGAGUAUCGCUCUCGAUGAGUUUACUGACCUUGUCGGUAAAGCACAAGUUUGUGUUUAUGCACGUUUUAUCACUACGAAUUGUUAUUUAUUUGAAGAACUGAUUGGAAUUGAACCACUGGCUACAACUACAACUGGACAAGACAUUUAUGACAAAUUGUUAAAAAUAUUAAAAGAUAGGAAAGUGUCUCUUUAUAAAAUAUCUUCAGAUGUCACAGAUGGCGCUCCUGCUAUGAUUGGAAGAAUUCGAGGAAUUGUUACUUUGUUGAGAAAGAGUUUUGAGUUUCUAUGCGCUAAAAUUGCAACAAUUGAUGAUGUAAUGACAGCUGUAGAAAAACAAUUAAUCAUAUACGUUCUAAUGUACUCAAACGGCGUCAAUUUCGUGCGCUAA